GUUCCAAAAUCCCAGCCACACCCAGUCUCCUCUCUGUUGAAGAAGAAGAAAACAGGGAGAGAGAAGACUCUCAUGUCAAGUCAGAAGGAGGAGGAGGAAGGAGAUCCGAAUCCCAGCCACAACCAGUCUCCUCUCUGUUGAAGAAGAAGAAAACAGGGAGAGAGAAGUCAGAAGAAGGAGGAGGAGGAAGGAGAUCCGAUCAAGGCCGUCGAUGGCAGCGAGGGGAAAGCCGGUGAUGGCGGGACGGGAAGGUCUGCCAUGGACGCCAGUGAUAGUUCCGGCGACUUAGGAAGAGGGAAGGAGAACGAUGUGAACGUCGAUGGCGGCGACGGGAAGUUUGCCUUUUGCUCCGGAUCCGACUGGCCGUCUCCAGGUCUCUCGCUACCUUCUGGCUUGUAGCAGCGGAAUGAACGAUGCCAAUAGUGAAGAAGAAGGAGCGGAGGAGGAGGGAGAAGAAGAAGAAGAAUUGUCAAGAAGAGGAACAAGUCGAGGAGAAGGAAGGAAGAGGGACAUGUGCUUCUCUCUUACCUGUCGUCGGCGACACCCAUGGUGAA